CCAGCACAGUACCGGCUGCCAGUGGUCCACAUUUGGAGGGUCCCGCUGCUAGUACAGCCAGUACAAGGAGUCACUGCUACCUCUACCUGACCAUGGCUGAGGACCUGGUUCUGGAGAGAUGCGACCUGGAGUUGGAGUCUAACGGCUAUGAUCACCACACAGAGAAGCAGUGCCAGAAGGGGCUGGUGGUGCGGCGGGGCCAGCCCUUCCAGCUAACGCUGUACUUUAAGGGCAGAAACUACGAGGCCAGAGUGGACAGCCUCACCUUCAAUGUCGUGACUGGCCCAAACCCCAGCAGUGAGGCGGGGACCAAGGCCCGCUUCCCGCUGUCUGAUGCUGUGGAGGAGGGGGCCUGGAUGGCCUCGGUGGUAGACCAGAAGAACCGCGCUCUCUCACUGCAGCUCAGAGCCCCGGCCCAUGCCCCCAUUGGCGUGUACCGUCUCAGCAUGGAGGCCUCCACGGGCUACCAGGGCUCCAGCUUUAUGCUGGGCCAGUUCACCCUGCUCUUCAACCCCUGGUGCCCAGAGGAUGCUGUGUACCUGGACUCAGAGGAGGAGCGGCAGGAGUACGUCCUCUCCCAGCAUGGCCUCCUCUUCCAGGGUUCAGCCAAGUUCAUCAAAAGUAUACCUUGGAACUUUGGUCAGUUUGAAAAUGAUAUUCUGGAUACCUGCCUGAUGCUCCUGGAUCUCAACCCCAAGUUCCUGAAGAACAGUGGCCGUGACUGCAGCCGCCGCAGCAGCCCCGUCUAUGUGGGUCGGGUGGUGAGCGCCAUGGUCAACUGCAAUGAUGACCAGGGCGUGUUGCUGGGACGCUGGGACAACAAAUAUGAGGAUGGCAUCAGCCCCAUGUUCUGGAUCGGCAGUGUGGACAUCCUGCGGCGCUGGAAGAAUUCCGGCUUCCAGAAGGUCAAGUACGGCCAGUGCUGGGUCUUCGCUGCAGUGGGCUGCACAGUGCUACGGUGCUUGGGUAUCCCCUCCCGAGUUGUGACCAACUAUAACUCAGCCCACGACCAGAACAGCAACCUGAUCAUCGAGUACUACCGCAACGAGAAUGGAGAGCUCGACACAAGCAAGAGCGAGAUGAUCUGGAACUUCCACUGCUGGGUGGAGGCGUGGAUGACCAGGCCAGACCUGAAGGCGGGGUACGAUGGAUGGCAGGCCCUCGACCCCACGCCCCAGGAGAAGAGUGAAGGGAUAUACUGCUGUGGCCCCGUUCCAGUUCAUGCCAUCAAGGAGGGCGACCUGAGCACCAGGUACGAUGCACCUUUUGUCUUUGCCGAGGUCAACGCCGACGUGGUAAACUGGAUCCGGCUGCUGGAUGGGACCAUGCGCAAGUCCACCAGCGACUCCAUGAUGGUGGGGCUGAAGAUCAGCACUAAGAAAGUGGGCCGGGACGAGCGGGAGGACAUCACCCACACCUACAAGUACCCCGAGGGGUCCUACGAGGAGAGGGAAGCAUUCAGGAGGGCCAACCACCUGAACAAGCUGGGUGUUAAAGAGGAGGUGAAGGUAACCAUGCGGAUUCGUGUGACCCAGAGCAUGGCAAUGGGCAGCAACUUUGAUGUCUUUGCCUACAUCACCAACAACACCGCGCAGAAGUACAACUGCCGCCUUGUGCUCAACGCCCGUACCGUCAGCUACAACGGUACCGUAGGGCCCACGUGUAGCUCCAAAGAACUGCAUGAUCUUUCCCUGGAGCCCUUCUCAGAGAAGAACAUCCCCCUUUCAGUCCUCUAUAACGACUACUCCAAGUACCUGACGGAGUCGAACCUCAUCAAGGUGCGGGGUCUCCUCGUCGACCCAGCUGCUGACAGCUAUAUGCUGGCUGAGAGGAACAUCUAUCUGGAGAAUCCUGAAAUCAAGAUCCGGAUCCUGGGAGAGCCCAAGCAGAACCGCAAGCUGGUGGCUGAGCUGUCCCUGCAGAACCCACUCUCCGUGCCCCUGGAAGGCUGCAUCUUCACUGUGGAGGGAGCUGGCCUGACUGACACACAGAUGACCGUGGAGCUCCCACACCACGUGGAUGUGGAUCAGGAAGCCAAAAUCAGGGUGGACCUGUGGCCUCGCCAUGUGGGCCUCCACAAGCUGGUGGUCAACUUCGAGAGUAACAGGCUCAAAGCCGUGAAGGGCUACCGGAAUGUCAUCAUCGGCGCCCCCUAAGGGGCUCCCAAGCCUAGUCCCACCCCAGUCAGCUGAGAGGCCUCAACUUGACCCCCAAUCUUUAUCCCAAUCUAAUGAGGAAAAUUUGCCCCUCCUUGGACCCCAGACCCAUCUUCUCCCCUGAGCCCGAUUUCCCGCCCUUGUAUGUGUGAGCAAUGUUCUGUGCCUCCACAGCCCUGGCUUUGGCUGACUGGGCUUGGGAUGGGAGAGAAGGGACCCACACUCCCCUCUCCAGCCCAGAUGCCAUUUGGAAAGCAACUAAUCACCCACCAUAUUGUUUUAUCUAUUCCAUAGCCCAAUGGAGCAAAAAAGAGACAGAGUGCCCAUUGGCCGGAUCAAGGAACUCAACACCCUAGCGUGUCCUGGACACCUUCCCCAGACUGUGCCCAGGCCCCAGGAGCCCUUGGGGCAGUCAGCACAGGUGGGGAUGGGGAGGGUCCCAGGUAUAGGCCAGGCCUGAGCUCCUCCCACAGUCCCUCUCCCUGCUCACCAUUGUGAAGCACCUACGAUGUGCCAGGUGCAUCCUGUACUUGCUGGUACUCACACAGCCCAUUUAAUCCAUCGCCAUGGGAAAUUGCAGAGUAGAGCUGCUUUCUCAAUAAGGAAACUGAAUCUUGGAGAAGGGAGGUGGCCCACUCUGGCCAGGUGGACUUGUGGAUAUUUGAAAGGCUGGGUCAUGAGAAGGCAUGGGAAUGAAGCACAGGCCUUCUGAUUCCAAGUCCAGUGCCCUGCUCAUGUCACCAGCCCUGACCUGAGAAUGUCAGGGAGGUCAUUUGGGACCUGACCAAAAAGGACCCGGUUGGGGUGAGGAAGUGGGAAAUGGUUGGAAGGGGUCAGAGCCCCGAGUCCGGCCCGCCGGGGCCCCCUCCUCCCUGGGCCUUGGUGUCCUCGCUGCUCAGUGCAGUGGCCGAACCAGCUCAUCUCCAAGGGCCUCUCAGCUGUGCAUGCCUGAUGCCUUGUAUGAUCCAGCCUUACAAAUGACAGCAAGUCCUGCUCCCUGGUUCCACAGAGCCUUAGGCUUCACACCCAGGAGGUUUCUUAGAGUGAAACCAGGACCAGGGCCACUGUUCUGCCCCCAGCCCUAACCAGGUUCCACACCUGUGCCCAGGCACCUUCCUUCAGACCCCAGUUCCAGGGGCAAAGAGCCCUGGAGGAUCCCUGUCUUACCCAUGAGCCUCCCCACUGCAAUGCCUAGACUUCACAAGAGCCUUCGUUGCCUUGCUGGCCACCAACCAACAAGGUCAGCCCCUGAGCCACUCCCUCGUUGCAGGACCAGGGCCCUGGAAUACAGCUCAGGGAGCCCAUGAGUUAUCAUCUCUGACUUAAUCGCCCACAUUCUCCACGUGACCCAGCCUCCCUAAGCCUGGAUGAGGGAAAAAAAGAGCAUUCUCUAUCUGGAGUGGGGUCACAGCUUCCAGGGCCCCUCAAAGCGCAGAGAGGGCCUUGGGGAAAGUCACGCUGAUGCACUUAGAACUCGCUGCUUUACACAGGGAAGAAUCACAUAAUGAGCCGACAAAUAUACGAUCUAUAUAAAUAUUACUCUGUUUUUCUAUGAUUUUAUAAAUGCUUUUGGGUUCCAAGCAGACAGUAGAUAGGCUUUUGAGCCACAGGGAGCGAGCACUUAAAUAAAGAGUUUAUUUUUCACAUUCAAACAA